UAUAACACCCUCGCUCCUCUCAUUCUCUCUUCUCACUGUCGUCUUCUUCUUCGUUUCAAGUUACGACAUGCCGAGCAAAGAGUCUUCCUCUUCUCGGUUACGGGACGCAAAGGUUCCAUUGCUGGAACCCCACUUUUCAGCCGUCGCCCCCAAAAGUGAACAACACGACGACCCUGAUGAAACCCUAGCCAGAAGGGUAUGGGCCGAAUCCAAGAAGCUCUGGCACAUAGUGGGCCCGGCCAUCUUCAGCCGUGUUGCCUCCUAUUCCAUGCUCGUCAUCACCCAGGCCUUCGCCGGCCACCUCGGCGACCUCGAGCUCGCCGCGAUCUCCAUCUCCAACAACGUCAUCGUCGGCUUCGACUUCGGUCUCAUGUUGGGCAUGGCGAGUGCGUUGGAAACGUUAUGUGGGCAAGCAUACGGUGCCAAGAAGUACUACAUGUUAGGGGUAUACAUGCAGCGUUCAUGGAUCGUGCUGUUCGUGUGCUGUGUGUUUCUUUUACCCAUCUAUCUGUUUGCGACGCCGGCGUUAAAGCUAUUAGGGCAGACAGAAGAGUUAUCGGAGCUUUCCGGGACGGUGGCGAAGUGGAUGAUACCUCUUCACUUCAGUUUUGCGUUUCAGUUUCCAUUACAGCGGUUUUUGCAGAGCCAGCUGAAGACUGGGGCGAUUGCUUGGGUUUCUCUGGUGGCUCUGAUCGUGCACGUGUUCGUAAGCUGGUUGUUCGUGUACCAGCUUCAAUUCGGAGUGAUCGGAACUGCUGCUACAAUCAAUAUAUCGUGGUGGAUUUUGGUGUUUGGACUUUUUGGUUACACUGCGUGUGGUGGCUGUCCUGAAACUUGGACUGGAUUCUCCAUUGAAGCUCUUUCUGGUCUCUGGGAGUUCGUCAAGCUCUCUGCUGCUUCUGGGGUCAUGCUCUGCCUGGAGAACUGGUAUUACAGAGUGCUGAUAUUGAUGACAGGGAAUCUUCAGAACGCGGAAAUCGCGGUGGAUGCCUUGUCUAUAUGCAUGACUAUCAAUGGCUGGGAGCUCAUGAUUCCUCUGGGAUUCUUUGCUGCCACCGGGGUUCGAGUGGCGAACGAGCUAGGGGCAGGGAACGGGAAAGGAGCCAAGUUCGCGACGAAGGUGUCGGUAGGGACAUCUGUGGUGAUAGGGAUAAUGUUUUGGACGCUGAUAAUGAUAUUCCACAAUCAAUUUGGAUUCAUAUUCUCUUCUAGCAAAGCCGUGCUUGACGAGGUCAGCAAACUCUCUCUCCUCCUGGCUUUUACCAUCUUGCUCAACAGCGUCCAGCCUGUUCUCUCCGGCGUCGCAGUGGGAUCGGGGUGGCAGUCCUACGUGGCAUAUAUUAACCUGGCCUGUUACUAUCUCAUCGGUAUUCCCCUUGGUUUUUUGAUGGGCUGGGCCUUCCACCUUGGUGUUAUGGGGAUAUGGGCUGGCAUGAUUUUUGGUGGCACAGCUACUCAGACACUGAUACUGGCUCUGAUCACCAUUCGCUGCGACUGGGACAAAGAGGCCGAGAAAGCAUACUUGCAUUUACAGAAAUGGGAAAAUCCAAAGCAUGAAGUUGCGUAAUAUUUGCUCCUUCCAUAAUAAGAACGAUGGAGAUAUAUAUAUAUAUAUAUAUAUAUCAGGAAGCCACCUGAUCCUCCUUCUGCGACCCAAAUUGGCGCCAUAGAAUGGCCACAUUUUAAAUUCAAGAUUCGAGGAGAAAACGGGAAAAUUGGGGGCACAGAAGACACGCAGAAGCUUGUGAUACAAAAGUUGAGAAAGCAAUUUCUUUUUGGGUCCUGCUUUCAGAAUUUUGGAUGAACAGUUCAAAACGGAUUGUCAGGCCCAAUUUUAUAUUAAUGAUCACGUUGUAUUCGUCUCCACUAUUCAUGUUCAAUAAACUUGGCAAGGUUUCGGAUCCCUAUUGUGCUCGUGAAAUUGAAUACCAAUGGGCCACCAUUUGGUGGGCCGAUCUAUUUUGGACUCAAAUAA